AUGGCCCAACCAGUUGACCCCCUAGCUACGGAAUCUCUACCACCGUAUGAAAUCCUCCACUUUAUGUACGGUGUUGGCACUUACGCCGAAUUAACUAUACUUUGCUAUGGGAAACGAUUCCAUAUCACGAUAUCCGCCGAGAAUCUUCAAGGAGAUCCCAAUGUCGAAAGCGAAUAUUUGUCUCUACUCCGCAAGCUGGAUUCGGAUGAGCCAUUCGAGCAGAAUGAUGAUGUGGGCGAUCCAAUGGAAGAGCUAUGUUUCUGGAUUGCUUUCAAGUGUAACUCAGAGAUGAGAGUAUUGGGUUCCGAACGACAACCCCAACUUCACACUCUCUAUGAUUGGUUUUAUCCUGACACCCUCAUUCUUACUCCUAAAAUCAUUGAUGGGAGGCUGAAUGUGCAAUCCUCUACACCGAGUCAGCAGUUCCUGCAGGAACUUACGCCAAAUGUGGAAUUGCCCAGUUCGAUCGCAGACUUUGGGAUUCCAGUUGUUCCGCCCUCGAAAGUCUUGUUACCACAUGACACGGCAGGGGGAGACUUAUCUCAACGACCAACGAAGCAGCCCAUGUCAGUGAAAACGCAAAUCGAGAAAUAUCAGUAUUGCUCCGUAUUCAGAAACUCGGCCUGUCGGGCAUUAUCCGUGCGCCAACGAUACAUGAGUUCGUGGAUUUUCAGAGCGAUCCGAAACAUGAUAGAAAAGUUACAUGCUGCGGGGAUAGUUUGGGGUGAUGCGAAGCCGGACAACAUCCUGGUCGGUGCUGACGAUAAUCUUUGGAUUAUCGACUUUGGUGGGGGCUACACCCAUGGCUGGGUCGAUGAAGACAAGGAAGGAACUAUGGAGGGGGACAGCCAAGCACUUUCCAGGAUUGUUAAUUUUCUCUUGGAUAAAAGCUCGGAAUAA